UUAGCCCAUUCGCAGAACAUACGCUUUUCAGACUACGAGCCCCGUCAUUGGUUGUUGUAGAUACAAACAACCCAUUUAACUACCAGACACAUACCACCAUGUCGGAACUCAAGGGUUUCAACCAGUUCUUCAGACUCGAUGGAAAGGUCGCCAUCGUCACUGGAGGCUCCCGCGGCCUAGGCUUGCACUGCGCAACCGGCUUCCUCCUCGCCGGCGCGAAACUUGUCAUCGUCACCGCCCGCAAGGCCGGCGGCCCACAAGGCAUCGAUCAGGCCGUCGAGAAGCUCAAUGCCCUUCCGAACAUUGUCGGAAAAGCCGUGGGUAUCCCCGCCAACGUAGCCGAAACGGAAGACAUCGAACGUCUUGUCCAGUCGACCCAGGAUAUCAUCGCGAAAGUUUGCGGACCGAAUAAAGGACUCGACAUCCUUGUCGCCAACGCCGGCGCGACAUGGGGUGGUCCCUUCGAGCCUACUCCGGACUGGAGCAGCAAGAAAGUGCUGGAUCUGAAUGUGCGGGGCGUUUUCAACUUGGCGCGGUUGUACACGCCGCUCCUGACCAAGUACGCGACGCAGGAAGACCCGAGCCGGAUCAUUGUCAUGUCAAGCGUGGCAGGGUCCAACGUCCCGCACGUUGGCGACAACGGAACGAUCAUGUACAGCGCCUCCAAGGCCGCCGCGCAUCAUCUGGCGAGAAAUCUGGCCAUGGAGUUGGGCCGCCGACAUGUGACGACUAACACCAUCGCGCCGGGAUUCUUCCCGUCCAAACUUGCGAACGGACUGAUUGAUAUUUUGGGCGGCCAGGAGGAGUUGGACCGACAGAACCCCCGCGGACGAUUGGGCGUUCCGGAGGACGUUGCGGGUUUGGCGGUGUUCUUGUGCUCGCCGGCGGGCUCGUACAUCAAUGGCGAGGACAUUGCCUUGGACGGAGGUGCCAGGCUCAGCAACGGAAGGCAUUUCAAGUUAUAAAAUUGUAUGUAGUCAAUACAGGCACCUUUCAUCAUUGAGAAGAUGUCGCAUCUGACGGAGCAGGGGGCCGGGCGACAGGAGAUGGUGACUUGCGUUCUGGAAACUCUUCCAACCCAGUAUGGCCUCUACUGAUUCAAUGCAACUCAUCUUCA